AUGGAGAGCGGGAUGCUGUCUCGCACGCAGCAGGAGCUGAUCCGGGAGAGCUGGCGGCGGGUAAGCAGCAGCCCAGUGCAGAACGGCAUCGUCCUCUUCUCCAGGUUGUUCGAUCUGGACCCUGACCUGUUGCCCCUUUUCCAGUACAACUGCAAGCAGUUUGCCAGCCCCCAGGAGUGCCUGGCUGCUCCCGAGUUCCUGGAUCACAUCCGAAAGGUGAUGCUGGUGAUUGAUGCAGCUGUCAGCCACCUAGAGGACUUGCCCUGCCUGGAAGAAUACCUCUGCAACCUCGGCAAGAAGCAUCAGGCAGUUGGUGUGAAGGUUGAGUCCUUCUCGACAGUUGGCGAGUCCUUGCUGUACAUGUUGGAGAAGUGCCUAGGUGCUGCCUUCAGCCCAGAUGCGAGGGAGGCCUGGAUCAAACUCUACAGUGCGGUGGUGAAAGCCAUGCAGCGUGGCUGGGAGGUCCUCCCAAAGGGGGACUAGCCCUAGGCCUGGCCCUCUACAGGAUGAGCACUCACCCCUCUGCCUCUCUCCACCUGUCUCUCUCUAUGCACCAGCCCACCUCCUCCAGCCACGUGUGCUGGGUUCUCUUUGUGAUCUCACCUUGCUUUGACACUGCCAUGUCUCUGCCUUUCCUGGUGGCCACAGGCUAUCUCUCUGUAGCCCAGAGUGUCCAGCACAGCACCACUUCCCAGUGCCAGGUUCCUGUGUGCCAGCACCUGUAGCUGUGCUUUGGCCUUCUGCUGGCUCUCUACCCUCUUCUUGCUGCCCAUCCCCAUAAAAUAGCUGCUGGUGAGGGCCUCUCAAGCCCCACAGCGAGCUCUCAUCCUGCUCUCUUCACCCAGCAUCACCAUGGGCAGUGAUCUUGGUGCGCCUCUGCCCUUCUCCUGUGUGAGGCUGGUCACAGUGUAGUGUGUUCCCUGCGAGUGUUUCCAGUGGUGGGAGAUCACAUUAAUACCAAGGUAAGGCUGCUCUCAGUGAUGUAGGCUGCUGCCCAGAAGGGUUCCUGAAGACUUGGCCAGUUGAUUUUAAUGUGUGAGAGUUGGCUGAAGUGCACCAGCAGCAGUGGCUAUUUAAUGUUUUGUAUUGAGAAGAAUGAAGCAAAUACAAGAAAUCAUGUCUUAAAAUAACAAUGAAAGUUGCAAUCAUGUCAUGGCAACGGCUUCUGGAAAUGAUGCUGGCUCUUGGUCAGGGGAAGAAUGGCUGUAAUUUUUCUGCUUACGGGGUAGGACCUGGAGUGCUUCCUAUCUGCACACAGUGCCCAUCUGCAGAGCUUCCUCACCUUGCAGAAAUAACUCCGCCGUACCUGAGACACAGUCACCGUGGAGGGGAGAAGGUACACGGCUAACACUGAGCAGGUAGGGCCAUGUUAGGGCAGGAGUACAGCACCUGCCAGGAAGCUACCAAUGGAAUGGCUGGGAGGCAGAACCCACGUGCUCCAAGGGAGCUGAACUUGAUCUCGAUGGAGAAGGUCAUCUUUAAGGGAAGUCAUCCCAGGGUAAGGACAAGGAGCUCAUCUGCAGCCAGUGCCCUUUUUCAUUUCUUCAGUGCAGGAGAAGGCCAGUGUUCAGGGCUGUGAUUGUCCCUCCUGUGCUGACCUAUCCUCCCUCUGAGCAGGAGGGCAAUCCAUGAGAUGUGUCACCAUCCCUGUCCCCUGCCCUGUGGUGCUGGUGGCUGUGCUGAGCACACAGCAAGGACCCUGAUUGUGAGGGGAGUGGUGUCAGGGCAGAGCCGUAUGUGCCAUGCAUGCUAUCUUCCCCAGGAUACCAGCUGUGCUCUUGCAGUCUGAUACAGAGUAGGAGAGGCAGGGAAUGGGGCAGUUCCUGUUACAGCCCUGAUCUGAGGCAUCAGCACCACAGGCAGGAACGUUCUGAACCUGCGUGGCAUAUAGCCGCAUGUGUGAGGAAUUGAGUGUGUGCUACUGCAAGAAAUGGUCCCUUUGUCCUUUAGCUUCCACUCCUUUUUGUGCCAUGUUUUGUGUAAUUCCUAGAGGAAACAAACUAGUCUGUGUGCCUCUUAUACCCAGGUGUACUGUUUAAUAAAGAACAAUCGAGAGUC